AUGACCUUGUGUCAACUGUUUUUGCAGUCUGAGGCUGCCUAUGCAGUUGUCUCUGAACUUGGAGAACUUGGCAUGGUACAAUUCAGAGAUCUGAAUCCUCAUGUAAAUGCCUUCCAGAGAAAAUUUGUUAAUGAGGUACGACGAUGUGAAGAGAUGCAGAGAAAAAUGCGCUACAUUGAGAAGGAAAUGAACACUGAGGGACUUAAAGCAGACAAAAGUGACCUGACCCCUAAGGCUCCUCCACCCAAGGAAAUGGUAGACUUGGAAGCAUCUUUGGAGAAAAUGGAAUCCGAAUUGAGGGAAGUGAAUGUAAAUGCUGUUGCGCUCAAAAGAAAUUACUGUGAUCUUGUUGAAUUGAAAGAAGUUCUAACCAAAGUUCAAGGAUUCUUUGCUGCUCAUGCGCAUGAACCUCAGACCUAUAUGGAGGAUCAUUAUGCAAUGAUGUCUGAUAACUCUGCUAUGGCUUCUGGCAAUUCUGUUCAACUUGGAUUCAUUACUGGUGUCAUCAACCGAGAAAGGCUUCCAGCAUUUGAACGACUCAUGUGGUUUGCUUGUCGGGGUAAUGUCUUUCCGCGUUUUGAUGAAAUAAAGAAUCCCCUAGAAGAUCCAGUUACGGGUGAUGAAGUCAGGAAAACCGUUUUCAUUGUCUUUUAUCAAGGAGAACAACUGAAAAACAGGCUUCGUAAAAUUUGUGAGGGGUUCCAUGCUACCAUUUACCCUUGUCCAGACACGGCUCAAGAACGCCAAGAGACGCUUACUGGAGUAACCACAAGAUUACAAGAUUUGGAAUUGGUUCUUAAUCAGACUAAGGACCACCGUCAUCGUGUUUUAACUGGCGCCAAAAAGGAAUUGUAUGUGUGGAGAACUAAAGUGGAGAAGAUAAAAGCCAUCUACCACACUCUGAAUAUGUUUAAUUUUGAUGUUUCUCACAAUAGCCUUAUUGCCGAAUGCUGGACACCUGUAAUGGCCCUUGGCCAAGUCCAUGCCGCCUUACAACAUGGAAAGGAGGUGAGUAACAGUCAUGCCCCAAAUAUCCUGAAUCGUAUGAGCACACCUGAGAAUCCACCAACUUACAUUCGCACCACAAAAUUUACAAGUGGAUUUCAAUCAAUUGUUGAUGCUUAUGGAGUCUCAUCCUACCAAGAAAUAAAUCCAGCUCUUUAUACCAUAAUUACUUUCCCUUUCCUCUUUGCUGUCAUGUUUGGUGACUGCGGCCAUGGAAUGGUGAUGUUCUUAUUUGGUCUGUGGCUUGUGAUCUUUGAAAGAAGACUUGGUGGCAAAAGUGAUAAUGAAAUAUGGAAUACGUUUUUUGGUGGUCGGUAUAUUAUUAUGAUGAUGGGCUUGUUUGCUAUUUACACUGGAAUCAUCUAUAAUGAUUGUUAUUCAAGAUCUAUUAAUAUAUUUGGUAGCAGUUGGAAUUCAAGUGCCAUUCCAACGAGUGUCCUGAAUACAACAAAAAUCGUCCAAUAUUCAGUCAAUGCAACAUUUGCAAAGAAUAAUCCAUAUCCAUUUGGUGUUGAUCCUAUUUGGCAGUUUGCUAAAAAUAAGAUCACAUUUACCAACUCAUUUAAAAUGAAAAUGUCCGUCAUUCUUGGUGUAAUGCAGAUGAUGUUUGGUGUAUUUCUCAGCUUGUUCAACAAUAUCUACUUUGGACGCAAACUUAACAUCAUUUGUGAAUUCAUCCCCCAAAUACUUUUUUUGACGGCCAUUUUUGGAUAUUUGGAUGUUCUUAUUUUUUAUAAAUGGAUAGUGUACAAUUUCUCCAGAGCAUAUGUUGCACCAGCUCUUCUUAUCCAGCUUAUCAAUAUGUUCAUGUUCAAAUAUACGAAGGGAGAUUGCAACAGUUGCAUAUUCUAUGAAGAUCAGGUUUGUAAAAUUAUUUUUUCUCUCUUUUCAUUCUUUUGCUCUUUUUGUCCUCUCUCCCUCUCUCCUCUUUUCUCCCUCCCUCUCCUCUUUUCUCCUCCCUCUCUCCUCUUUUCUCCCUCCCUCUCUCCUCUUUUCUCCCUCCCUCUCUCCUCUUUUCUCCCUCCCUCUCUCCUCUUUUCUCCCUCCCUCUCUCCUCUUUCUCCCCUCCCUCUCUCCUCUUUUUUCUCCUCCUCUCUCCUCUUUUCUCCCUCCCCUCUCCUCUUUUCUGUCUCCCUUUUCUCCCUCCCCUCUCCUCCUCCUCCUCUCUUCUUCUCCUCUCCUCCUCCUCCUCUCUCUUCUUCUUCUUCUCCUCCUCCUCCUCUCAUGGCUAUCCACAGAUUUCUUUAUCUGUCAAUUACCAUGACUUAUUAA